UUAGUCUCCAUAGUUGCCUCAUAGAAAUCAAGGGUAAUAUGUGAAAGUUGAUUCACAUCAAGCAUGUUUUUACACACAUACCUGUUGCUUACGUGACAAGCGCGAAGCAGAAGAGAAAGUUCAUUCUUAAUUAGCUAGUAUAAGCGAAGAUGUCCAAGUACAAGUUCGUUUUAAAUCUGCUCAGAAAUGAUUAUGCCAUUAAAGAUUUAUAUCACAAUAAAUACAGUGUGUUCAUGGUACAGAGGAAUAUCCAUUCUUCUAGAGAAAGAAAUAUUCGUGUACAUGAAUCCUGCAUGUUUGCUGCAAAACCGAUAAUAAGUCAAAAACCAGAUUGGAAUAAAGCUGUUUCUGAAGCUGAGAAAAUUGUGGGAUAUCCAACAUCUUUUUUAAGUUUACGAUGGUUACUCAGUGAUGAAAUUGCCAAUGUGGCUUUACACUUAAGAAAAUUAGUUGGAUCUAAUCAUCCAUUGUUAAAAACAGCCAAAAGUUUGAUAUAUAAUGGCCGUAAUAAUAUGCAAGCUUGGGGUUUAAUUGUAUUAUUAAUAUCUAAAGCUGCUGGUCAUUUAAAUGUAGAUGAUAUGGAAGAAGAUAAAGCUGCUGGUGUUUUACAUAGUCAACGGGCGUUAGCAGAAGUUACCGAAAUGAUACGUACAAGUCAUCUUAUACAUAAAGGUCUUGUAAAUAUAGCUCCUGGUAUAUAUACAGAAACAACUGAAUUACAUGACAUGACAUUUGGUAAUAAAAUUGCUUUAUUAAGUGGCGAUUACUUGCUGAGUAACAGUUGUACUGAAUUGGCAAAUCUUAGAAAUCAAGAUCUUGUUGAAUUGAUGUCAACUGUUGUAAAAGAUUUGACUGAAGCAGAAUUCAUUGGACGACGAGAUAACCAGAACAAUCCAUUACCAUGUAUACCUCCGCCAAAUCGUAAAGGCUAUGCUGUAAAAGAAUGGACAUUAAGAAAUGUAUUAAGUGCUGGUACUUUACUUGGAAAAUCUUGUAAAGGUACCUUAAAAUUAGCUGGUCAUAACGAUGAUAUACAAGAACAGGGCUAUGAAUUUGGAAAACAUUUAGCAUUAGCUUGGCAAGCAUAUUUGGAUCUAGGGCUUUUUAUUAAUAAAGAGUCAGCUAUGUCUUUCAAUUUAUGUUCUGCGCCCAUUAUGUUUCAUAUAGAACAUGACCCAUCUAUUUUAACAGAAAUAGAUAAAGGUUUAGAAUCUGUAGAUAAUGUAGAUUAUGCAAAAGUAUACAAUAUCGUAAGUCAAGGGCCUGGCAUCGAACUUACAAAACAGUUACAGAAGAAACACUCACAAAAAGCGACAGAAGUUCUUAGCAUAUUUCAAGAAAGUGAUGCUAGGACAGCAUUAUAUAAUAUCAUAGCAGCAAUGGGAGAUUUUUAAAUUAAAGUUCAAAGUUAAUGAACUGAUGUGUGCAAUUUUGUCAAAGAUUGCCCAAUGUCAGUUCAUACACCGUCCACUUUUCACUUUUGAAAUUAAUAUUUGAAGCUGGACAAUAUACUUACAUGUAUUGGACUAUUUGUAUAUACAAUACAUAAAUCAUGGGUACAUUAUAUUUAUAUAUAUAUAUAUAUAUUUGUGAAUGAUAUAUAAAAUUUAUAUGUAUAUUUUUAAAAGAAUCGAAUAAUUCUAUUCAUAUCCCUCUUAAAUCUGUAUAAUGCGAGUUGCAAAUAUGUUAAUAUUUCUUCUUUAGACGAAAAUAUUAACUUUUUCGUGUCAAUGUCCGGGGUAUUUGGGAUAAGUCACUCUUUCAUCGUUACAUCGUAUGCAAGAAUAUUGUGUUGUGCGGCUGUUGUUUAGGAAAUAAAUUCAAUGUAGCUUAUAUUAUUGUACUACAUAUACAUCUUUGUUUAUAUCCCAUAUGCUGUGUAUAUGUAAUAUAAACAAAAAUGUGAGAGAGAGAAAGAGAGAGAGAGAGAGAGAACACCAAAUCGUAAAUCUGUAGAAUUUACGUUUUCCCACGUAGUCAUUGAUCGAACAUACGUCACUCAUUAUACAAACGAAAAUAAUUUCGAUUAACGCAACACCAAUGUUUUUAUAACUAUCACGACGGGAAAAAGUUAAACUAUAGAAAUUUAUAAUGAUAAAUCGUUUAAAGUUGACACAUAAAGUGCCUAGGAAUGCUACACGAGGAUUAUAAAUAUGUUGUGUAAAUGAAUAUCUGGGUAUUAUAUUAGAUUCUGUCGAGUUUAAAUCGAUUUAUUCAUAAAAAUACGAAUUUCAUUUUGAAUCUCGUCAUCUACAUCACAUAACAAUUUUUUGCGUAAUUGUAUACAAUAGAUAGUCGUAUCGUGUGCAAUCAACUCAAUCAACAAGAAAAUAAAACAAAAAGAAAAACA